AUGGAGAUACUCAUGGAAAGAGCUCGAGCUUUUGUUCGAGGGAAGAGUGCUUGUGGUCAGCCGAGUGAAACAACCACUAGAAAUUCCAAAGCACGAACCACAUCGUGGAGACGAAACACAUCACCACCAAAAGAUAGGAACAAUAAUUGGAAUAGAAGCCGUGGCCCGUAUCAAAAAUCUGAUCGAAGCAGUUUUCGGACGGGAAACGUGCGAUUCAACAGUUUCUCUGAGCUAACAAAGUCGCCGAGCGAAAUCCUCAGCACGGAGACUACUCGUUUCCCUACACCGUCGAAGCAACGAGCCACCUCGGAUAAGCACUCCAAGAAAUAUUGUGAAUAUCACCGAGACAAGGGCCAUACAACUGAUGAAUGUUGGGCUCUGAAGCAAGAAAUCGAAAAGGCCGUACGAUCCGGUAAACUCUCACACCUUAUAAAAGAAGUAAAAGAUGGAAAAAAGCCAGCAACAACAGUUGAUAAUCCGAACACCGAGCCCGGAAUCAAUAUGAUCCGGUCAACCGAACCAAGAGGGGUAAAGCGGUCGAGCCAGCAUAUGGCGGCAUGGAUGCACCAACCGACAUACUUCCCUCCGGUCGACCCUGACGAUGCUCGAGACGGGCCAAUUACAAUCUCAGAUGUGGUCGCUGGACACCUGGUCCGACGAAUUUAUGUGGACGGAGGAAGUGCCUUUGAGAUCAUGUAUAUACAAUGUUUCCAGCAGCUGAAUCCCCAACUAAAUAAGAGACUGAUUGAAGUCUCCACCCCUCUGAUCAGCUUCUCCGGGGAGGUGGUCCGUCCGAUAGGACAGAUUACCCUUCCGACCACAUUCAAAGAGGGUGAUAAAAGCAGAACUGUCCAAUUAACCGUCCUGGUUGUUGGUACUCACUCAUCGCAUAACAUAAUACUCGGACGACCCGGGUUGAGAGCCCUUGGGGCGAUCAGUUCGACAAUACAUGGAGCUAUUAAAUUCCCCACCGAGGCCGGAGUCGAAACUAUCUUCUCAGAGUCAAACUCGCUUGUUGCCGAAGUAAGACAUGCAGCGGAAACAAGCUCUACGAAAUCUGAGGUACCUACCGAACUUUGGGCAAUCAAUCCGGACUUUCCUGAGCAGCAAGUAGCUAUUGGCGCUCAGCUCCCAAAACGAACAAAGAAGCUCCUGUGGGAGUUGUUAAGCAAUUCGGUAGAUGUUUUCGCAUGGAAGCACUCUGAUAUGCAAGGAGUUCCCAGAUCUAUGGCACAACACCACCUGAACGUAAAAGAAUCGAUCAAACCAAUAGCGCAAAGAAAAAGGCACAUGGCGCCGGAUCGGGCAAAAGCCAUAGCAAAAGACGUUAAAAGCCUUUUAGAUGCUGGAAUCAUUAGAGAGGUCCGGUAUCAAACAUGGGUUUCGAAUCCCGUUUUGGUGCGGAAAAAAGAUAAUUCAUGGAGAAUGUGCAUCGAUUUCACCGAUUUAAAUGAUGCGUGCCCAAAAGAUUGUUUCCCGCUACCGGAGAUUGAUGAAAAAAUUGACUCCGUCGCCACGUUCAGGUUGAAAUGUUUCUUGGAUGCCUACAAGGGAUACCAUCAGAUACAAAUGGCGGUCGAGGAUGAGGAUAAGACAGUCUUUGUCACCAACGAAGGAGUGUAUUGUUUUACCAAGAUUCCAUUCGGUUUGAAAAACGCCGGUGCUACCUACCAGCGUCUAAUGAACAAAGCUUUCAAAGACCAGAUCGAGCGGAAUCUAGAAGUGUACGUCGACGAUAUAGUGAUCAAGAGUCACGAUGAAGCUGCCAUGUUGAGAGACAUACUUGAAACUUUUACUCGGCUCCGAAGCAUCAACAUGAAGCUGAAUCCCAAAAAAUGUACGUUCGGAGUAGAAGAAGGAAAAUUCCUAGGGGUUAUGGUCGGAUCAAAAGGCCUACGGGCUAACCCGGAUAAAAUCGAUGCCGUUCUUACAAUGAAAGCUCCAACGACAGUUAAAGAAAUUCAAUCCUUAAACGGACGAUUAGCUGCUCUCCAUCGGUUCUUAUCAAAAACAGCAGAUAGAUCUCUCCCGUUCAUGGACGUGCUCAGAAAAAGCUUUAAAUCAGAGUUCAAAUGGACCGAGGAAGCUGCACGAGCUUUCGAAGAGCUCAAAACUUGCCUCGGCACGUUACCAACGCUCACUGUACCAGAAAAAGAUGAAGUACUGACCGUCUACCUGGCUGCGUCACAUGGAGCCAUCAGUGUUGUACUAGUUGCUCACCGAACCAGGGCGCAAAUCCCGAUUUAUUAUGUGAGUCGAACGUUAAAAGAUUACGAAACAAGAUACUCAUACUUGGAAAAAUUGGCCCUGGCACUAGUCCAUGCUUCGAGAAGACUUCGCCGAUACUUUCAAGCUCACCCAAUCGAAGUACGAAUAGACCAGAGAAUCCAGCACGUUCUCCGACGACCUGAAGUUUCGGGUCGAAUGGCAAAAUGGGCAAUUAAAUUGGGCGCGUUCAAUAUCACCUUCCGAACUAAAGGUCCGCUGAAAGGACAGGUAAUAGCAGAUUUCUUAGUUGAAAUUCCAGAAGAUGAAGGAAUGAAAGAAAUUGAAAAAGCCCCAGAGAAGCCUUGGUCCCUGUAUACUGACGGAGCUUCUAGUAUCGAGGGAGCAGGAGCAGGCCUAAUUCUCACCAAUCCAGACGGAACGAAUAUGACGUAUGCACUCCGGUUAGAAUUCAAGAGCUCAAACAAUGAAGCUGAAUAUGAGGCCCUCUUAGCUGGCCUGCGUCUAGCGCUGAAAGUAGGAGUAAAAAAUGUUAUAGCCCAUGUAGAUUCGCUGCUCAUAGCAAAUCAGGUAAAUGGGGAAUAUGAGGCGAGGGAAGCAAACAUGAUCGACUAUCUCGAGCAGGUGAAACAAGUUAUGGCAUCAUUCGAAGCAUGUAGCGUCGAGCAUAUUCCCCGUAGCAAGAAUAGAAAGGCAGAUGCCUUGAGCAAAUUGGCGUCGAUAUCGUUCAGUCACCUAGCCAAAGAAGUAAGAGUGGAAGUUUUGACUACACCUUCAAUUGAAGCUCCGCAGGUUAUGCAGGUCGAAGCACCGUCACAAACAUGGAUGACGCCAAUAAUCAAUUACUUGGUGCAUGACGUUUUGCCGACCGACAAAGCGGAAGCAAGAAAGGUCCAAAUCAACUCUCUUCAAUAUCAGAUGCAGGAAGGAGGCCUAUACCGAAAGACUUUUCUCGGACCACUGUUAAAGUGUCUAGACCCGGAGCAAGCCAGUUAUAUCAUCAGGGAGAUACACUAUGGCAUCUGCGGCAUCCAUGCCGGACCAAAGAUGAUAGUGACGAAGGUAAAAAAUGCAGGGUAUUAUUGGCCCGGAAUGCAUGAAAGUGCAGUAAAAGAGCUCCAACAGUGUGAUGAGUGUCAAAGGCACGUGCCAAUCAGCCUCCGAGCCAAGAAUGAAAUGAUCCCGGUAACCGCAGCGUGGCCCUUCCAAAAGUGGGGCGUUGAUAUCGUCGGGCCUUUUCCAAGAUCAAGCGGAAGCGCUCAAUACCUGCUAGUUGCGGUGGAUUAUUUCACCAAAUGGGUGGAAGCUCGACCAUUUACAGUCAUCUCCGGCUACAACGUGACGCGUUUCUUCUGGGAACAAAUCGUAUGCCGAUUCGGUCUUCCGCUCUACAUUAUAAGCGACAACGCAAAACAGUUUGCAGAAAACCCAUUUAAGCGCUGGUGCGAAAAUCUAAAAAUUAACCAAGUCUUUUCCUCGGUUGCCCACCCUCAGGGUAACGAGCAGGUCGAACAGAUAAAUCGACGAAUCGUCGAGGGGAUAAAGAGGAGACUCGGUUACGAGGGAAAAGGUUGGGCAGACGAGCUGCCAAACGUUUUAUGGGCACACCGAACUUUGCACAAACCUAGCAACGGAGAAACACCGUUUAGUCUUACCUACGGUACCGAGGCAGUGAUUCCCGUGAGAUCGGACUCCCAAACCAGAGGUGCAAAGAUUGGAAGGAAAAUGAGCAUGAACUCCGAUCCAACCUUGACUUGUUAG